AGAAGAAUCAUAUCCGAUCGAAGGAACUUGAAGCAGCUCAUAGAUCCAGAAUUUUGCAGAGAAAACAUGGUUAAACGUACUCUUACGAGUGUAAAGAUCGUGGAUAUACAGAAACGAAAAGUUCCUAGCAAACAUUAUGUGUAUGUUAUAAGUGUUACAUGGUCAGAUGGAAGUGUAAAUGUAGUUUAUAGAAGAUACAGCAAGUUCUUCGAUCUUCAGACAAAGUUGCUUGAAGAAUUUCCAGUGGAGGGUGGAGUGCAAAACCCAAGCACAAGAGUAAUACCAUUUCUUCCAGGAAAAAUAAUCUUUGGGAGAAGUCAUGUCCGAGAUGUUGCACUCAAAAGAAAAGAAUCCAUUGAUGAAUAUUGUUCAAAACUUAUUGAAUUAGACCCUAAACUCUCACAGAGUGACCUUGUGCUGAAGUUCUUUGAGCCCAGUUCUGAUGAUAUUGACAUCCCAGCUGAGAAAAAGAAGAAGAAAAAUGAAACCGCUGACAACAUUUCAGAUCCAAUAUCCCUGGAUCAGUAUGUCGCUAUCGCUGAUUACCAGAAACAGAAUCGAAAUGAGAUCAGUAUGGCUGCCGAGGAUGUUGUUGAGGUCAUCGACAAGAAUGAAAAUGGUUGGUGGUUUGUGAACUUAGAUGAAGAGCAGGGUUGGGUCCCAGCGGCAUAUCUUGAACCUUUAGAUGGCCCAUCAGAUGAUAUGGACUUUACAGAUGUCAGCUCUGUAGAAGAGAAUCAAUUUAUCACUACAACAUCCCACAUCGCUGAGCUCGAUGAUGAGAUAAGCUUCGAGAUGGGUGUUAUUGUUACUGUGGUGAAGAAGAACUUUGAUGGUUGGUGGUUGAUAAGGUACCAAAACAAGGAAGGCUGGGCCCCAGCCAUGUACCUCAAGAAACCAGACCCUAUGCAGUUACACGCGGCCGAAAUCGGCGGUGCGGUACCUAAGCGGGACUCGGUACCAGUCAUUACUCAUGCCCCGAUUAUGCAGCAACCUACCUCAAACUUGGCAAGGAAAGGCAAAGGAGUCCCACCAAGAAAAGCAUCUGUCAAGCGUUCAAUUAGAAAACCAUUUUCCAUUGCUAAUCAGUCCUACGAGAAACACUUCGAGCCCGUCAAAGAGACAGCUGCAAUACACUCCGAAGCCGAGUACGUCACUAUCGGAGACUUUCGAGCUGUCGAUAUUCAGUCGGGUCUUAGCUUUGACAAGGGCGAAGCUGUCGAAAUAUUAGACAAGUCGCCGAACGGUUGGUGGCUUGGAAAAAUAGGAGGACACGAGGGCUGGAUACCGUCGUCGUACGUUGAGAAAAGAAAUAGAAGUCAGAAAGGAAACGUGGUUACUCCUAAACCGGACCGACCCCAACUGCCCAGUUCAAGAUUAAGCAUUUCGGAAAUUAAGCCGGAGACUUCACAGUCACCUGAUUUGAAAAGCGAUCUAAAUAUUGCUUUGAGCUCAAUGAGAUUAAAGAGCUGCGCCGCUAGUGAGCCUGCUGAACCAUCUGGUCAGUCAUCUACUAAAGAAAUGUAUGCGGCAGUUUCCGAUUUUGAGGACAGUUCUGAUGGCGUUGUUUGUCUGAAAGAAGGAGAUGUUGUAGAGGUCGUGGACAAGAGCGAAGGGGAAUGGUGGCUGGUGAGAUUAAAUGAGAAACAAGGAUGGGUGCCAUCGAGUUAUUUGACGAAACAAGAGAUAAAGAACUCGCCGGCUCCACGGAGACCAAAGCCACCAGCAAGUAAACCGUCUUCGUCAUCACAGGGUGCAAGUAAGCCAGCUCUUCCUGCGAUUCCAAGUUCAAAACCUGUGUCUUCACAGAAAAUGAAUAAAAAGCCACUCCUUCCUUCAGUUCCAAGUGGAAAACCGGGGACUUUACGAAAAACAGAUGGAAAGCCACUCCCAUCUCCAGUUCUAAGUGGAAAACCUGCCACCUUACAGAAAACAAACGGAAAACCAACUCCUCCACCUGUCCCCAGUGCAAAACCAACACUUGCACAAAAGCCCAAAGCGAAACCAUCCCCACACCCUGUCCCCAAGGGAAAACCAGCUUUUCCACAGAAAACAACAGCAAAGCCAGUGCCACCUCCUGUACCGAGUACUAAGCCAUCUGUUUCCCAGAAGCCAAUGGCUCUACCAGUUUCCUCGAGAAAUCCUCAAAGAGACUCUCUUCAAAACCAACAACACAAACCUGUUUUUCCUUUAAAACCUGUCAAGCAGAAUUCUCCUGUGUCAAAUAAAAAAGACGAUAAUAUAAACCGACCUAAAAAGAUUGGUAAACUAAACACGGCUUUGUUCGAGUCUAAAAUUCCUAUAUUUGCUCCCCAAUUGGACGAGACGCCAAAACAAGCAGAAACACCAAGUAAAAAGAUACCACCGACAACAGAAAAGCCGACUAGAAACGAGCCAGCAAAGCCAUCAGCGUCGCAGUGUGUUGCCAUAGCAGCCUUCACAAACACGGACCAAGAUGGUUUGAGUUUUAGUGAAGGAGAUUUAUUCGACUUUCUUGAGGAUUCAGGUUCUGGUUGGUGGUUGGUGAAAACACAAGCUACUAAUCGAGAAGGGUGGGCACCUUCGAGCUACCUGGAGAUGAAGACACCAGAUAAUAUCACUCCAAUUGCUAAUCAAACCAAUAGACCACAAAGGCGUGACCCACCUGACCCUCCUAAAAGACCUGACUCUUCGAAGCCCGCCAAACAGUUUUACGUUGCCAUAGCAACCUUCUGUGAAGAUGACGAGACGUCAGUCAGCUUUCAAGAGGGUGAUACUAUAGAGGUAUUACAGCAAGACGAUGGUGGGUGGUGGAUGGUAAAAGUUAAUGAUGAAACGGGUUGGGCGCCGUCGAACUAUCUGCAACCCCUUUAACAAACACAUCUAAAGAUUACCACAGGGACCCCAAGCCGAGUUAUUUUUACCAGUUGUUUUUUUUUUUUACGCAUAGAGGCUUUGCACCAUCACGUUCCGGCCCCCAUAAUUCAGCUUGGACUGCCUGUGGUUAGAUGACAGAACAAUAAAAUCCCUUUGCUCUUGGGAACUGAAUUCUUUCUCAUGUAAAACGAUUCCUGCCAUCUAACAUGGCUGCCGUCGCGUGUUGGUGCAAAGCCUCUAAAUAGUUUUUCCAAAAAUGGUUGGUAAACAUUAUGAUACAUGUUGCAUACCAAGCCCAAAUUGCACUAUGGGGCUGUGAAUGCAAUCGAUCAGUGAAAGGUCACAAUAGCUAGUACGACGAAUUUUUCCCAAACUUUGCACGUUUCAGUUUUGGCAUAUUUCAUUCUGUGUUGAGAUUAUUUACAUAUGAACCAUGGUACAAUUCAAGGUUAUAAGCAACAUGCAACCAAAACCUUCACCAACCAUUUUGAAAUAGCUGUAUAUGUAAACUAUUUGGGUUUCGUUAAAGUGUAUGGCGCUAUGGUCAAUGUCUCGAACACCCAGUUGAAUGACGUCCAAGCAAUCGGAGACCGCGAGUAUAGCGAUCACUGAAGUACGGUUUCUUUCUUUGGGCACCCAAUAGCGCAUGCGCGCGAGGUCAAAGAAUCUUCUAGUCAGCACUGAAUAGACCAGCAAUGCUUUUAAUGGUACUUGAAAAAUACACGAAUAUAGAUAUUUUUAAAAACAAUAUUAUAGUAACAGAGCCAAUAAAAUAGAAAGAGUACAAAGGAAAGACUAGUUUUAUCAGACCUGUUAUUCUGAAAAUCGUAUGUGCUAGUUACGAAUACUCCAGUUUUGAGUUUUUUUUGCGCAGCCUUUUAGCAUCAGUUGUGCGUCAAAAUAUACAGCCACUCGACUAAAACCCGUGGAAUCUUGAUGAACUUGUAUUGUUCCAUAGUACGUGCAUUCCUUACUAUACAAUGGACCUUAAUAAAAGGAAGAAUAUUGUUUUAGCGA